CGUUUAGGCCUCGGAAGCCCGUCCUCCUUUUUCCAAUCCUCUCUCUCUUCUCUGCUCUCCUCGUCCUCUGCUUCGUCUCUGUUGUUCUUUGAAACCGUAGCGACCUUCUAGGGUUUUGCAAAAAGAUUCCCUUUUUGCCCAAAAUAUCUUCUUUCCAAGAAGAAAUCCGUGGUUUUGGAGAGUUUUUCGAGGUACAUUUGAAGCCAUUUGGCUGAAAUCUUCUUCUUCUCUGAGAUCAAAUCGGCUCUGUUUCUGAUUCUGGAGCAAUGGACGUGAAGUCUGGGACGAAGCACAGUUCUGAGCUCCAGGAAGUUGGUAGAAAGGCGAGUGUUUCGAGCUCGCGGCCUUCCGGCAGGAAGAAGGAGUUUGCGAAGAUUAUGCGGAGGCCCGUUCCUCGGGUGUCGGAGUCUAGUGAUGUCUCCGAAGAUGGCUCGUGCUCUUCGGAUUCUUCUUGCGGCCGCCGGACUUUGGUGAAAGGUGGCGGUUCGCAGGGCAGGAAGAAGAAUACUGGAGUGAGGUCAGUGAAGGUCGUUCCUGAGGGCAUUGAUGCUGCUGCCGUGGUGUUGAUGUUUCCCGUGUCGAAGCUGGCGGUGGGGAAGAGGAGGUGUGCUUGGAUCACACCGAACUCCGAACCAGUUUAUGUUUCUUUCCAUGAUGAAGAAUGGGGAGUCCCCAUUCAUGAUGACAGAAAGCUGUUUGAGCUGCUUGUGUUGUCUGAAGCAUUAGCUGAAUUCAGCUGGCCAGCUAUUCUGAGCAAGCGAGACUUGUUAAGGAAGUUGUUCAACGAUUUUGACCCAUGUUCUGUCGCUCAAUUCGCUGAAAAAAAGAUUCCUUCACUCAAAUCAAGUGGCAGCACUUUGUUAUCAGAACAGAAGAUGCGGGCAGUUGUAGAGAAUGCAAGGCAAAUGCUUAAGGUGAUUGAGGUAUUCGGUUCUUUUAACAACUAUUGCUGGAGUUUUGUGAACCACAAGCCGAUCAUAAAUGGAUUCCGCUACGCCCGUCAAGUGCCUGUCAAGACUCCCAAAGCCGAAGCCAUGAGCAAGGACCUGAUGCAAAGGGGCUUCCGCUGUGUUGGACCAACUGUGAUCUAUUCUUUUAUGCAAGCAGCAGGCAUAGUUAAUGACCAUCUUUCUAGCUGCUUCAGAUUUGAAGAAUGCAUCGGUUCAUGCUCUAAAGAAUCCAGGACGAACACUGAAUCGAUGACAUUGGGAAAAGGCUUGACCAAGAAAUGCUCAUUACAGGAUUAAGCGAGCAUUUAUCAAGCAGACUGCACUUAACAAGUUCAGUUCAGCAGGUAUCUGUUUUUGGCUGUAUCAUCUCAGCUGUUUUUGUAUCACUAAGGUGUUAACAAACACUUCACUCUAAGCUAACAAACUUCCAGAAUUUGUAAUACAAGCUAAUCUGAUUAAAUCCAAACCUUCUGUUUUCUGAAUAUAUCCUUCUGUGUCAUCAUAGAUCCUUAUCAGAUCCGCCAUCCUUUUCAUGGAUUAUCAUGAUUAUCUUGGACCACAAGAAGGUGAUAAUAUCUAUUUUCUUAUCACUUCAUAUUAAUAUCAUGAUGGAUAUCAUUUUACACUGAUUUAUAAAGUUUUCUCCAUUUUCAAUAUUUUGGUGUCAUGUUUUCGUUAUCAUUGCACCAUUUGCAAAGCUGGCCACAUGUGGAUCCCUGUGAUUGUUUACUUGGGCAUGGUAGAUUUUCUUUGGGGUGCCCCUUCAUUCAUUUGUUCCUACAAAGAUGCUGACCAUGGCAUCCAUGGCACUUUUAGUUGAUGUGGCCCUUUCAAGUGGGUCCAUCUAUAAUUUUGGGGAAGUGGGGGGUUUCUGCUGCGUUCGGUAGACGAGCGCAUCAUACAGUGAAGGGUCAGCAAACUACAGCACGCCUACCACACACACCUCACAUGGAGAGGGGCCCUUGAAAUUUUUCUGGUGCCCUUUUGACCCAACAAGGCAUCCUCCACAAACCUCAUCACCUUUGAAUGAGAACCAAACCCAACCCUUAAUCAUUUAAUGGAAUUUGAGGUCUGCCCCAGCAACUAUUUCAACCUUGUCACCAAAAUCUAACAAAAACACUACUUCUCUGACUAAUCUCCACAAUUCAAAAAUAUAUUGCAUACUGUCUUAAUCACAAGAAAACACAACAUACAAUGUCCUGUCAGAAGGCCUUCUUGUUAAGAUAAGGUUGGCAGCUCUGACAUAUAUAUCUUGGUAGAAAUUGGAAGAUUUUCCUGGACCUUUUACCCACAGGGUGAAGCAAGUCAUGCCAUCUUCCAUCUAAAAGCUUCACUUCACAUUAGUUCCUCCCAAGGACAGGCACAGAAAUCUACUCAUUUUAGUGGAAAAUUAGGUUAUGCAGAGCCAGACACCUACUCACAUAAAAGCCAUGGCCACUCCCACUGGUAGCUACAAAGAGCCUACUAAUAUUAACAUUGGAAUGCACUCAUGUAAUCACCCAAGGAUGACAUAAACCUUCAUGAUCUUAGAGUGCUGAUGAGACACACACCUCAAACGUCUAGGUUAGCAGACAGAAAAUUUUCAUGUUCUCAAAAUCACUCGAGGUAUUUACAGCCUUUGGAAACUAGAGGUUCGCAUGAACUUCUUCCACCUGCAAUCGCUGUGCCUGAAGCAAAUGUCCACAACAUCCCACAUGGAUUGUACUGAUAAGAAAGAAGAAAGAACGAUCUAAUUACCCAUGGGUUUUUAGCAUUUACAGCGACAGCAGCAACACCAUCAACUACAGCCAUGAAAUUUACUCAUCAGCUAUUGCCACCAAAACCAGUAGCUCAUAAAACAAUUUGAGCUUAGAAGUAAUGAAAGAACAAAUCUUUCUGCGUUCAUGACCAUGUUACUGGAAGCCAACAAAAGAAAAAAAUGAGGCAAGAAAACCACCGG